AUGAACUCGGCCACGCAACCACAAGAUGUUGCCCAGCCGCAGACGCAGAGUGCUUCUGGCUCCUCUGCUGCCUUGAUUGCACAGUGUGCUGCCAAUUCCGACCAAACAGAAGCCAACAGGUUCUUCUAUUCUUCAGCCCAAUGGACAGCCGAUGGCACAUCUCUGCUGGUCAGCGCAUCUGAUAGCAAAGUCGCAACUUUUAUCCUGCCGUCCGACCUUUUGGAGGCCGAUCCCAUCCAGCCUCUGCAGCCGCAGGCCAGUAUUCAGCUGCCGGAGCCCUCCCAGUGCAUCGCUCCGGCUCCCUAUUUCUCUCUAUCUCAUCCAGCUACGCAAACCUUUCUCGUCGGCAGUCGUGAUCACCCGCUGCAUCUUUACCAUGCCUUUCCCACGGAAGCAGAGAAGCCUGCGCCACUAUGCAUGUACAAGCUCAUGAGACAUGAGACGGAAACAUACAUCACACCAUCUUCCAUGCUCUGGCCAUCUCCGGGGACCCAUUUCUUCUGUGGCUCGGCAAACCGCAUAGACUACUUUGAUGCCUCUCGCCCUGGCUCCGGUGGCCCUGUUCACACUAUCCACACCAUACCAUCAAAGAGGCAUCUCUUGAAAGGUGGCGGCGUGGGAAUGAAGGGCACAGUAUCAGCCCUCUCCGACUCUCCUCCCGGUGCUCCUGGUGCUGGUGUUAUAGCCGCUGGAACAUGGACACGCUGGAUGGGCUUGUACGACAUGUAUCGCGUGGACAAGGCCGUCGCCAACUGGAACAUUGCGGAUGCCGAUACACAAGAGUUCGGCAGAAAUUUUGGUGGCCAAGGUAUCGUACAAACGAGCUGGAGCCCUUGCGGGAGAUAUCUCGUCAUCAACGAAAGGCACGCGUCGGGCCUCCUUGUCUAUGAUAUCCGCGGCAACGGAAAGCUUCUCAGUGUUUUAAAUGGGCGCAACUGUGAGACGCAGCAGCGACUGACAUGCGACACAUUUGGAAGUUCAAAUGACGGCCCCGGUUUCGAGCUCUGGGCUGGCACAGAAUCAGGGUCAGUCAAGGUCUGGGAUGAAGUUGGUCUGCAUUACGGCGUUGUUGACCCAAAAUGGGACUGGGAUGCGAGCGACACACCAAUAGGCAGCACCAUCGUUCACCCGAGUGGCUCUGUAGUUGCUACUUGUGCUGGAGCUUGGCGACACCCUUCAGAUGGCGAUAUUGACAGCACACAGGGCGGCUCGAAUGGCGGCAAGGUCAAGACGAAAAUACUCGGUGGGUCAGCCAUCAAGUUAUGGUCGAUUACUAGCCAGCAAGAUUCGUGA